CCAGCCUCCUCUUCCAACGUCACAUUGUGCGAGAGACAAAACCCGGGCGCGCCUGAGCUCACACGCGCACGCACACACAGACGACCCCGUCGCCUCUUCUCUCCCGGCGCUGCCGAGAGAGCCAGCCCUCCCUUCGCUUCCUGGGGCGCGGAGGCUCAGCAGGCUCAGAGCGCAGAGCAGAGCCAACCCAGAAGGCGAAGAAAGCCGGCGGACAAGCCUUCUUCCUCCCCUGCCUGCCCGGGCUGAGGCGCCCCAUCCCCCGCCCGGAACCCCGAUCUCUCCCACCCCACCCCUCUGGGUUUGACACGGACAGAGCCCGGAGCCGGGUGUGCCCCGGGUUGGAAUCCACGUUUCAGCACUUCGGACAGCGCCCCGGCCCCCUUUGGGUUGGCUAUGGCGAGCGUUCAGCAAGGCGAGAAGCAGCUCUUUGAGAAGUUCUGGCGAGGAACCUUUAAAGCUGUGGCCACUCCGCGUCCCGAGAGCAUCAUUGUCGCCAGUAUCACGGCCCGCAAGCCCCUGCCAAGGACAGAACCCCAGAGCAGCCCCAUGGUGCCGGCUCAGGAUGGACCCUCAGACAAGCUAAGUCAGCAUCUGGCCACUGAGGCCUUGGGCACCAACAGCUGGGAGAGAGACAAGGCCUGCCGGGAGCUCAGCCCCGCCAGAGCACGCAGUGCCUCCCGAGACAAAGACUUGACGCCACCGCCUUCCUCCAGGGGAAAGAAGAAGAAGAAGAAAUCCACCAGGAAGAAGAGAAGGAGGUCCCCGUCAUACAGCCCGUCGCCCGUGAAGAAAAAGAAGAAGAAAAGUUCCAAGAAACAUAAGCGACACAGGUCAUUCUCCAAGAGGAGAAGGCACAGCUCCUCUAGCCCAAAAAGCAAAAGAAGGGAAGAGAAGAGGCACAAAAAACAAUCUCGAAGCCGGCCCCGAAAGUCUCACCGCCAUCGCCACCACCGCUGCCCCUCGCGGUCCCAGAGCUCAGCGUCCCGCUCCUCCAGCUGUGACAGCAGGCACCGUGGCCAGUCCCCUGAGGAAGGGCGGAAGUCCCGCCGAAGACACUCCCGCCGCUGCUCCAAGACCCUCUGCAAGGCCAGCCCCGAGGCCCGGUCCAGCCACCCGCCCAGCCAGCCCCUCCAGACGCUCAGCCUCCUGUCGGCCAGGGGUGUAAUCACAGGGUCGGGGUCUGCAGGGGACCUCUUUACCAAAACAGCCAGCCCGCUCACCACCUCCCGAGGACGCUCCCAGGAGUAUGACUCAGGCAAUGACACCUCCUCGCCGCCCUCCAUGCAAAUCGGCUCAGCCAGGUCUCGGGGUCAGGAGAAGGGGAGCCCCAGUGGGGGCCUAAGCAAGAGCCAGGACAUCAACAGCGGCAACACCUCUGAUUCAGGGAACUCCUUCACCACCUCCUCACCCCAGAACAAGGGGGCCACUUUGGAGAAUCUCUCCCCCACCAGCAGGGGCAGAGAGUCAAGAGGAUUUCAGUCGCCAUGUCUGGAAUGCGCCGAGGUGAAGAAGUCCAGUUUGGUCCCACCCACGGCCCAGAGCUCCCCCAUGCGAGGGUGCUCCCGCAGCUCCUCCUACGCCAGCACCCGCUCCUCCAGCCACUCCUCCAGAUCCCCAAACCCCAGGGCCUCCCCCAGGUACACCCGGAGCAGAUCCGCCUCCUCUGGGAAAAGGUCCUACUCGCGCUCUCCCAGCUAUUCCUCCAAGUCCGGCAAGAGGAGCCCGCCUAGUAGAAGCUCUCGAUCCCGCCGCAGCCCCAGCUACUCGCGCUACAGCCCCAGCAGGGAGCGGGACCCCAAGUACGGCGAGAAGGACUCGCAGCAGCGGGAGCGCGAGCGGGCGCGGCGGAGACGGCGGUCCUACUCGCCCAUGCGGAAGCGCCGGAGAGACUCGCCGAGCCACCUGGAGGCGCGGCGCAUAACCAGUGCCCGGAAACGCCCCAUCCCCUACUACCGGCCCAGCCCCUCCUCGCCCAGCAGCCUCAGCAGCACCUCCUCCUGGUACAGCAGCAGCAGCAGCCGCUCGGGCAGCCACAGCUACUCCCGGAGCCGGAGCCACAGCCGCAGCCACAGCCACAGCCGGAGCAGGACCCGCCCGAGCAGCAGCUCCAGCUCCCGCAGCCCCAGCCUGGGCUCCCGGAGCAGGAGCCGGAGCUACAGCUCAGCGGACAGCUACUCCAGCAUGAGGCGCUAAGCGAGGGCCUUCCCUUGAGCCAGCUGCCCGCGGGGGCCCCUUUCACUCUGCCAGCCGCCCCCACUCCCUGCCCACCCUGCCUUCUCCUUGGUGACAGACACUGAGGGCUCCUGGACCUGUCCUUCCUGCUCUCCUGGGGAGGAGGGAAAGAGGGUACUGGGGCUUUGGCCUCUAUGUCGAGCUGCUAGGAGCCUCCACCAGCAUCACCCUGGGGCUCAGUUCAGGCCUGGGCGUAUGGAGAGAACCACCCUCUGUUGGCACAAAAAGCCUCAAGGUUUUGUAAGAAGCAAUGGGUUCAUGACUCAAAAGUUUGGGCCUGGCCAGGAAAAUGUAGAGAGAGUUCUGGUAACCCACUGCUCACAGGAUGCAUACAGAAGGCCGGCGGUAAUUCAUCAACCUGCCCUCAUUCUCCCCUCAUUCAAUCUCAUGGCUGCACGUGUAUGGACCCCCAUAGGGGUGGGGGGGGGGAGAUGAGAGGAGACCAAGGGCAGUUCAGGCCCAGGAAUGGGGAUCAGGCCUUCCACCUCCCCUAACAGGCCAGAGCAAAGGCUAGAGGCUAUUGGGUCCUAGAAAAGGGACAUAUAGGAGCAGGGGACAUGGACAUUUCCGUUGGUGGUAGGUGUCAGAAGGUAGGAGAUAGGCUCUUCGGUCAUGAGUAGAGAAGGGGUCAGUCUGCUGCUCCCAGUAUCUCAGCAUGGUCAGGGAAAGGAGCCCAGUAGGUUCCAGCAACGGAGGGGCCACCACACGGUUUACACAAAAUGCCUCUUGGCUGUUCACAGGGACCCUGCAACCUCACUGAGAAAGGACACAGUAGACACUUGGGACAGUUUGGUCUAGAGUCCCACUUCCCAAAUUUGCCUCAGCUCCACUAGCUGGCACCAACUUAAUUCCACAGGACCAUCUGCUGAACAUUCCCCAGUGCCAUGGCCAGCUGCCAGUCCCCAGCGCCAGCCAGUCUGGCCUUACCCUCUGGUUGGCGCCUGCCUGCCCCCUCCCCACUGCCCAGACUGCCACACCCUGGAUCCUACCCAGCACAGCUGCUCCCGCACCCACCCACCCACCCUCAGCCUAGCCAGCCCCUUUGCCUCUCAGGAAUUUUGCCAGGAUGGGGCACGGCAACUCAGGUUUGGGGGAAGGACCCAAAUCUAGAGAGUCUGCGGGGAGAGGGGCUGGGA